AUUUCUCAGUGAGGCGGCGGCUACUGGGGGACCGGGGCCUUUUGUUUGGAGCAGCUGGGAGCGGGGGGCGCCCCCGGGAGAGGCGAGGCCGGCGGCCUUCCCCAGUUUGCUGGGCCCUGGCCGCCCCUCUAGGGGGUUGGGGGACCAACCCCUGGGCCGGCCUCGCCUCCGGUGCUGCCGUCCCGCCCUAGGCCCGCCCUGCCGCCCCGCCCGGCUAGCUUAAGGGGUGGAACCGGCCGGGCCUCCUCGCAGGGCCUAGCCACCUCCGGACUGAACGCCGCAGUCACUACCCGAACCGCAGGCCGCCCCUCGCCCCUCAGGCCGUCGCCAUGAAGAUCAAGGAUGCCAAGAAACCCUCUUUCCCAUGGUUCGGCAUGGACAUUGGGGGAACGUUAGUAAAGCUCUCGUAUUUUGAGCCUAUUGACAUCACAGCUGAGGAAGAACAAGAAGAAGUUGAGAGCUUGAAAAGUAUCCGAAAAUAUUUGACCUCUAAUGUAGCGUACGGGUCCACUGGGAUUCGGGACGUGCACCUCGAACUGAAGGAUUUAACCCUUUUUGGCCGAAGAGGGAACCUGCACUUUAUCAGAUUUCCAACCCAGGACCUGCCUACUUUUAUUCAAAUGGGACGAGAUAAAAACUUCUCAACCUUACACACGGUGCUCUGUGCUACAGGAGGUGGUGCUUACAAGUUUGAAGAAGAUUUUCGCACAAUUGGAAACCUCCACCUGCACAAACUGGAUGAACUUGACUGUCUUGUGAAGGGCUUGCUGUAUAUAGAUUCUGUCAGUUUCAAUGGACAAGCAGAGUGCUAUUAUUUUGCUAAUGCCUCAGAACCUGAGCGAUGCCAAAAGAUGCCUUUUAACCUGGACGACCCCUACCCGCUGCUGGUGGUCAACAUCGGCUCGGGAGUCAGUGUCUUAGCGGUGCACUCCAAAGACAACUACAAACGGGUGACCGGGACGAGCCUUGGAGGGGGUACCUUUCUGGGCUUAUGCAGUUUACUGACUGGCUGUGAGAGCUUUGAAGAGGCGCUUGAAAUGGCGUCGAAAGGUGACAGCACCCACGCCGACAAGCUGGUUCGUGACAUUUAUGGAGGGGACUACGAAAGAUUUGGUCUGCCAGGUUGGGCAGUAGCAUCUAGUUUUGGCAACAUGAUUUACAAGGAGAAGCGAGAAUCUGUUAGUAAAGAAGAUCUAGCAAGAGCUACUUUAGUUACCAUCACCAAUAAUAUUGGUUCUGUGGCACGAAUGUGUGCUGUUAAUGAGAAAAUAAACAGAGUUGUCUUUGUUGGAAACUUCUUACGAGUCAAUACGCUGUCGAUGAAGCUUCUGGCGUACGCACUGGAUUACUGGUCAAAAGGGCAACUAAAAGCGUUGUUCCUGGAGCAUGAGGGGUACUUUGGAGCAGUUGGUGCACUUCUUGGGCUGCCGAAUUUCAGCUAAAGCAUCAGGUUUUUCUCUGCUAAUGUCACCCAGGAGGAACUGCAAACCAGAGGCGUUUUAUUGUGUUAUUGUCACUGGGAACCAAAGGAUGAAAGAGUAGCACUAUUUCUGUUAAUUUUUAAAUGUCAAAACAGUAAAGCUGCUAAAUGUUGCCAUAUUACAGUGAGAACUGGGUAGCAGGUAAAGUGUUUCCGACUGAAAUGCUUUCCCCUCUGUACAUAGCCAGUGUUCGAUCCUUAAAUGCAAUACAGCCUCUGAUUAUUGACCUUCUCUCAAAAAGAUUUUCUAUUUUACGUAGCCAACAUCGCGGUACUGUACGCUUAAACGUAAAUCUAUAAAGUCUCAGACGUGUUUAGCUCAUGAAAAUAAUGAAUUCUGAGUGUGUGUUACAAGUCUGUUCUGUGUGUGCUUUGAUUACUGGUAAGCAGACAGUAACGUACCCUGUAUCAAAAUUAAUUGAAAUGGCAAUCAAGGAUGAUCAUUUUUAUGUGAUUUUAGAAAUGUUAAGGGAAUAUUAAUUAUUCAUUAUCAUAGUUUUCCUAACAUACCCCCACCAGAAUCAUGUUUUUAUCUUUUCCCAGAAGUACAACCUUUUACAAAUGCUAUAAUUUAAUUGAAAUACUGUUCUUAAAUAGCAGUCUUAAUUUCCAACAGAUACUAGAAAAUGCACAUAUUUGGUGGCAUUGCACUUCCUGUAUUUUAUUCGUUAACAGUAUAUUUUAAAAUGCUUAAUUUCUUAAUUGGACGUUUAAUCACUUACUUGAAAGUCCGUGAUGAGGCCCGGGGACUGCUCUGGUGGAGUGUGGUUUGCGUGGGGGAGUUCUUCCUGUGCCACAGGCCUGCCAGGCCCAGACUCAGCGCUGCCUGUUUAAUUCAGUCUGAACCAUCAGAGCUAAAGGCUUGUUUCUAUUACGAACAGCAGCGAAAUCACCCUUAUUCUAAGUUGAUGGUAUGGCAGUCCAAGAGCUGUUUUGGAACUCUGCAGCUGAGUCAGUGCUGCAGAAUUUUGAAAGAAUCAGUGUUCUGUACGUUCUGGUGAUAAAAGAAUUAUAGUUCCAAAACUUACAAAUCUCUUGGCCUUAGAAUUUGUUCUCUAUUCUGAAUUAUUUUUAUACUGUUAUAAAUCUUUCCAGAUUUUCACUUUGGUAGGUCAGCAAAGUUGUGAAACUAUUUCUCAUGGUUUAUGAGAUAGGGAGACUUAGGAAAACUAUUCACUUCCUUAAAUUAUCAGUAAAGCAGAAUGUGCUUUGAAGAAGAGCUUAAAAGUUGUUUACAGGAAGAAGUAUUACGAUGUGUUUUUACAGAAUCCAGUUUUGCCCCAUAGAGAAUAGUUUCCAGCAGACUAUCAAGAGGUGCUUGAUAAAGACAUUUCUCAAUAUUUUCAAAACUUAUGUUCAACUACUUAAAUUUUAGUUUUUUCUACCUAAAGACAUUAACAUGAAUAAUAGAAGUGAAUGUGUAGAGGGGAAAGUAUAUCCAUGUAAGUUUUUAGAAUAUUUAGAACUUUGAAUUCAUGUCAAUCAGUAGUCACUUAGAAAACCUACUGCUAAACAUUAGUGUUUCCAUUGUAGACUAGAUCAUUUCAGCCAAACGUUAUCUAUUCAGUUUAUUGAAAAAUGUGUUGAUCUGGGCAUCUGUACAAAAGUUUUCUUUUGAAUGACCAUGACUUCCCGUCCUGUUUCCUCGGCACACUGUCCUCCCACCAUUAGCGGUCGCAGGGCGGGGUGGUCUGUAAGAAGGAAGAGCAGGGGCCACAGUCUCAGCUCAUUGGACCAGCACGCUGCUCCGUGUGCGGCUGGGGUUCGGACUUCUCGUCCCUAAGGAUCAACAACCAUCUGAUGGAUCGCCUGUGCAGGGACUGCCGCCUCAGUGUGCUUGCACUUGGCUUUUCUCGAGUGUGCUCUAGAAUUAGGGUGAAGGCUGCCAAAAGUCCAGUUUUUGAUUCUGAUCUCAAGGGAUUGCUUGAGAGAACACGAAGGUGAGUGGGUUCAGGGCCGAUCCCAGUCCGUGUAAUGCCUCAAGGCUCUGCUCGUGGAGGGUGCUGGUGGAAGUGUGGCGUGAGCCCCACGGGAUUUCACACUUAGCGUUACCCAGAGACUGGUGAGGUGCCGUUUCAUUAUGUAUUUCUAUUUAAUUCAGUGUACCCGGUGUGUUAUUUCAACGUGUAAUCAAUACUAAAAGUUAUCUAGGAGAUAUUAUACUUUUUUUGUACUUAGUCUUCAAAACCAGUUUGUGUUUUAAUACUUACAGCACAUCUCAGUUGAGACCAACCACACUUCAAGUUCUCAGGGGCCACAUUAGGGCAGUGGCUCCUGUAUUAGUGCCAUUUUAGAGCUGGCUCUUAAAAAGGAGUGCCAUCCCAGGUCCAUGGAAACGUCACGAAUGGGCUUUUAAAAGAAUGUUUGAGAGGGGAGAGAUGUGGGAAACUUAUCUUUUAAAAAGAGGGGAUAGGAAGUAGCUUGUUUGGACUAGUUCACUUUAUACAGAAAAGCUGUGUUUUUUAAAAUAUUUAUUUUUAGAGAGAGGGGAAGGAAGGGAGAAAGAGAGGGAGAAAAACAUCAAUGUUUUUGAAACACCCCCUACUAGGAGCCCAACCUGGCUUGCAGCCCAGGCAUGUGCCCUGACUAGGAAUCAAACCCAUGACCCUUUGGUUUGCAGGCUGGUGCUCAGUCCACUGAGCCACACCAGCCAGUGCAUAUAUUUCUGACCAUUCCAAAAAUACCUUAUGUUGCCUUCCAGUGGCAUUGUGGUACAUCUCAGCUUUUCCAGUGACAACGAUAAAGUUGCCCAAGACACAUUCCGUCUGUCCUCAGCAGUCCCCAGAAUGCACAUCCCCUUCCCUGAAGCAAAUUGGACGAGGCCAGUGACUUCAGUUUGGCCCCACAUUAGCUAAUUUCAUUUUGAGAGGCUAGUCUUAAGGGAUUAAAAAGAAGCCCUAUUAAUUCUUUGUUGAGUUACAUAAACAAAAGAGAAUCUUUAAUUUUUGGGUUUAAUUUUCAUUCUUAAGAACUCCGAUAACAUUUUUCAAAUGCAGGGAGCACCGUCAGUUGUUUUGAGGCUUAGUAAAGGACACAAAGUCUAGAACUUUGCACCACCGAAACCACCCCUCAGAAAGGACCGCCUUUUAACUAGAGACUGCAGAACUAAUGCCUUUCAGUUCUACACCCUGACUUCUCCAAAGACAGAGUAUUAGUCGACGUGCCUGCCUGUUAACAUGGGCAGUUCCUUGUUCAGAUGCUCCAACUGAAAUACAUGGACCCUCAAUUAGCCAGCGCUACACGUGGUAAUUGACCAUUCCUUAACAGGUUUGGAAUAUUUGCCAAAUGUUAGGCUCUAUAAAGGUUGCUGAGUUUCUUGCCUUUGUGUGCAGAUGUGAUUGCCGUACUGUACAUCCUGGCUUCUGAAAGUUUCCUUUCUGUGAGCUGAGUGGUGCGGCCAAGAGGGAGAGUCACCCCUCCAUCGGGCGGUGAUUUCUAAGGCUGCGUUCUCGGGUGGAAUGCUGAGCAAGGCGAGAGCUUCCAGAUGUCCUUUGUAACCACUGUUUGAGAUGGAAAGUUUUUCAUAGUUUGUUCAUCAUUUGGGGUGGGGGGAGAAUGUUCUUCAAUCUAUUGCAUUCGAGAAUGUAGUUUAGAAAUUCUCCUUUAAAGCCAUGUCAAGACUGAAAGAAUAACCACCAAAAAAAUAAGUGUGCAUUAUUUUUCACUUAAUUUUGUUUUGUGGUCUAUAUAAACAAAGUACUAGAAAUACAUUGCCUUUUGUAAUAAUACUGUUUGACCUGUUGGAGAUGAUUUGCCAGGAAAUGUCAGCGAUGGCCUGUUUGCCCAAUAAGUUGGUUUAUUUUAGUGUUUUAUUGUAAUACUGAAGGAAUUUGGCCAACUUUGUUUCUAUCAUCAGAUAAUCUCAAAAUAAUGUGCUUUAUACUAACACCUACUUUCAAUAUUUUAGACAGUAGUUGUCUUAUAUUUUCUACUGAGCCUGGUAAUGGGCAAUGACCCAAAUAGGAGUUUUUUCCUCCUUUAAAGUAUUGAGUAACCUGUCUUUAAAAAUGGUGUUGUGGAGAGUGACUGGGCCCAGCUUUUCAGCCAUCUCUGACUUUUGAGUGAUGUCUGCUUGCAAAUGUGCAAAUGUCUUGGCAGCCCCUGGAGCUUCUCGUGUCUGCCUGCGUGUCCAGUAGACGCGGGGUCACCACUUGGUGUUGUGUUAGGAACAGUACCUGUGACCGGUCUGGCUUUGCUCAGUGUGAUUUCCUUUACUUAUAAAAUGAGGACGUUGAUUCCUUACAACGGGAUUGCCAGUUAUCAGGUUCCUGGGAAAGACAGUUACUUGCUUUGUUUGUGGCAACAAUUAAAAGUCUGGUCACAUAUUAGCAUCAUGUGUUAGAAUUAAUUCCAUCUGUUCACAUUGACUGGUACUAGACUUUGAAUUCCCACCCAAACCAGUAGCAUGGUGUCGGUUAUUUCUCAUCACAUUAAGUUAUUGCCUAUAAUGGCCAAAUAGAUAACUUUAAAGCAAUAUGAAGGGGUGUGUGUAUAUUACAGUGUGUGUGUGUGUGUUUGUGUACUUUAAUUUGUACAACUAUCUGGGAUUUUCGUUGUGCUGGCUUCAAAGUUACAUGGGCAUUAUAACUUUAUUUACAUUCUGGCUCUUUCUGUAGUCAAAAGUUAGUUUUCUUACACAUUUUUAGCUGCCACUAAUUUUGUUUUUAAAAGAACUAAUAAUGAGGAUUGUAUUUUUCAAAGGAGUGAAUGAAGUUAAAAAUUAAGAUUUUGGAUUAUAUAAAUUUGCAACUAAAUUUCGGUUUUAAAAUAGUGCUUUUUUUUUUUUUUUGCUGUUAACAUCUUUCAUACAUUGCAGUGCUUACAGUUUGGCAGCUUUUCAAAGGAAGCGUCAGCUUUGAUAUAAUUCGUCAAGUACAAGUGCGUACUGCAGACAGUUUGCGGUCCUUCUAGCCGUCCACCCCGUCUGUGCGUUGUGUGGUGAUCUCACCUGGCAGUCAGGAGUUGUCACAGAUGUUAAGCCAUUUUAAAAUUUGCCACUUUUUUAUGAGGUACGCUUUUUAGUUUAUAACAUUUAGAAUGAGAGGUAACUUUAUACACCUGACAUCAAUUCACUGGUCUCCUUGUCCAAAUAUAAUGAAUGGAAGUAGAUGUCAAUCAUGUUAAGAUGGUUUCUCAUUUUUAUACAUUGUGUGCUCUCGCUUUUUUUGACUUUUUAAACAAGUUCAUUUGUCUUAAUUCUGCCCAGUUACUGACCAAAUCAUACGUAGGCAUUUGUAUGGGCUGAGUUUGUUCACACAAGCCACUUCCGUGUGAGCUGCCUUACUCUGCCGCGUCCUCCCGUCCAGUCCAGCUGAGUGUGUACAAACCGCUGACACUGAACCUCUGAUGUAAAGAUGUACGAUGUAUAAUGAACUAAGUUAUAGCCUGUUGUAACCUAUAAAACAUUUCGUGUAAAUUGUCUAAUUUAUUUUUUCAUUUAUGUACAGUUUCUUAUGUAAAUUUUUAAAAUACUCGUGGCCUGUUCUGGAACAUCUCAUACUCCUCCUUAAUGCUGCUUUGCAUGAAAGAAACUUGGGUUUUGCUGGUUCGCGUCGUAUGGCCACUGAGCCAGCUUCAGUCCUCUGCCUUCUUUUCUGUAGUUUAACUUUUUCUAGUGUUGUUCAUAUUCUAAGUAAAUGUUAAAGUCCUGCUUAUUUCCUACUUUCCAAAUAAAUUCUCUAAGUUGUUUA